GAAGCAAAAGAAUGUUACGCCCAAAAAUCCCAUUUCUUUCUUGGUUGGCCUAACCCAACCGGUGAUUUCCGACAAGUCUUUCUUCAUUUUUAGAACAAGAAAUUUUUAGAGCAAGAAAGCAGAACCGAAAGAAAAUAAUAUUCAAUUUCUAUGACAAAUCUGGUCCGAUGGCUGUUCUCCACUAACCACAAGGAUAUAGGGACUUUAUAUUUCAUCUUCGGUGCCAUUGCUGGAGUGAUGGGCACAUGCUUCUCAGUACUGAUUCGUAUGGAAUUAGCACGACCGGGCGAUCAAAUUCUUGGUGGGAAUCAUCAACUUUAUAAUGUUUUAAUAACGGCUCACGCUUUUUUAAUGAUCUUUUUUAUGGUUAUGCCGGCGAUGAUAGGUGGAUCUGGUAAUUGGUCUGUUCCGAUUCUGAUAGGUGCACCUGACAUGGCAUUUCCACGAUUAAAUAAUAUUUCAUUCUGGUUGUUGCCACCAAGUCUCUUACUCCUAUUAAGCUCAGCCUUAGUGGAAGUGGGUAGCGGCACUGGGUGGACGGUCUAUCCGCCCUUAAGUGGUAUUACCAGCCAUUCUGGAGGAGCAGUUGAUUCAGCAAUUUCUAGUCUUCAUCUAUCUGGUGUUUCAUCCAUUUUAGGUUCUAUCAAUUUUAUAACAACUAUCUCCAACAUGCGUGGACCUGGAAUGACUAUGCAUAGAUCACCCCUAUUUGUGUGGUCCGUUCUAGUGACAGCAUUCCCACUUUUAUUAUCACUUCCGGUACUGGCAGGGGCAAUUACCAUGUUAUUAACCGAUCGAAACUUUAAUACAACCUUUUUUGAUCCCGCUGGAGGGGGAGACCCCAUAUUAUACCAGCAUCUCUUUUGGUUCUUCGGUUUUAAAUGGCCCUUUUCAGAUGAAAAUCUGAAUACGCAUUGCGCUGUAUGCUGGGACUGUCUGCUUAAUGGUACUCCUACUAUGUGAAUAAGUGGUUUUCUAGUAAAACCCCGAUCUAGUAAAAAUGGAGUAUCUAAGACACAAUCAGCAGGUAACCAACGACAUAAAAGCAGUCUAGUAGGAACCUCAGAGACUACAUGCGCAACAACUUAUCCUAAAUCCUUCUGUGAGUGGCUAGCUGGAAUUAUCGAUGGUGAUGGAAGUAUUCAAGUUAGUAAACAAGGAUAUACUUCUCUUGAAAUUACUAUAGGACUUGAAGAUCUACCACUACUACGAUAUAUCCAACAUAUGCUUGGUGGAAGUAUUAAAAUGCGAUCAGGUGCUAAAGCUUAUCGUUAUCGACUACAUAAUAAACUUGGUAUGAUUAAACUAAUGAAUUGUAUUAAUGGUCAUAUUCGACAUUCAGCACGACUACUUCAACUACAUCGUGUCUGUCAAGUACUGAUAUCCCUGUAAUUCUACCUAUUACACUAGAUGCUCAAUCAAAUUGGUUUGCAGGAUUCUUUGAUGCUGAUGGUACCAUUGGUAUCGCUAUGAAGAAUCAACUACCUCAACUAAGUAUUCGAGUAACUAAUAAACUUCUACAAGAUGUAGAGUCUUAUAAGGUAGUAUUUGGAGGAAAUAUCUACUUUGAUAGUAGUCAAAAUGGUUACUAUCAAUGGUCUGUACAAAGUCGAAAAGAUGUUAUCAUGAUGCUAGAUUACUUUAAAUCAAGUACUUUCCGAAGUCAUAAAUCACGACGAUUCUUCCUUAUUGAGGAAUAUUACAGUCUUUACGAUCUCAAAGCAUUUAAACCUGACAGUAUUCACCAUAAAGCAUGGCUAGCUUUCCUAGACAAAUGGAAUAAGUUGAUGAUAUAGUCCACCUUUCUUCUAUUCAUCCGCAACUAUUAGUAGAAGAGAGAAG